AUGUUUGAAAUAAAUGUUGACCGAAAACUGAUACCAAUGAAAUUGAAUUAUUUCAUAUUAUUUGGAUGUAUCGGACCUCAAAUAGGAUAUUUGCCUACGAUAGCGAGACAAUGGGGAUACUCAAUAACCACAUACGGUGUGAUUAUGUCUUUUAUGUCGAUAGUACCUAUGGUAGUUACACCUGUAUCUGCUAUAACAGUCGACAGAUUCAAUGUGAAAAAAACGUUAUAUUUUUUAGUUACAUUAUUGAUAGGCGUGAUUUCAAUUUUUUUCUUAUUUAUACCAAAAUUGCCUUUAGAGAAAGGCGUUGAAAUGAAAUGUGAUUCAGAAAUUGUUUUGAUUGUUCAUGCUGAUAACGUUCAAUCAAAUAUACAAAAUGUAUCAAUAUUUAAUCACGAGAAGAAUGACGAAUUAAUCGUAUGCAAGUUAAUUUGUCAAAAUACGAAGUUGGGCAAUCAUCAAAUAAAUCAGUUGAAUAACCAAUCUGAUUUCUGCGAUUAUUGGACGACAGCCACCAAAUAUACCAAAAAUACAAGCGAGAACGAUCGUAAUCGGAUUGAUGUUAUAUUUAAAUUAAAAGAUAUGGAAGAAAUUGAAAGUUCAUUUGUAUUCCAUUUAUUGUCUAUCCAAAUGAAUGGUACGGAAAUUCCUCGAACAUGCAAAUGUCAUUUAAAAUCAUUUUGCUACAUCACAUGUUCUAAUGAAGCUAUAAUGCGUGUGGCUACUAUACCAACGUAUAGGGGAAACGUUCUUAAUUUGUAUCAAUUUUGGAUUUUUUUUUUUUUACUAUUGACGUCAUGUUGUUGCAUGAAUAUAGCAAUAACUUUACAAAAUCCGAUUUGUCUCGAUCUUUUAGAAGACAAACCUGAGGAUUUCGGAAAAACAAGAUGUUGGUCAUCAUUUGGUUGGGGACUUUUUUCUAUAUUCAUUGGGUGGCUUGUAGAUUGGAUUAGUAUUAAUAAAAAGGAAAAACAAUAUUCACCAGUUUUUUAUUCAUGUAUUUUACUUACAAUUUGUAAUUUAUUUGUCAUAAAAAAAAUCAAAGUGAUUGAAACAAAAAAAUCCAAAGAAAAAUGGAAAAGUGUACAUGGAUUGUUUACUAAACAUUAUGUGAUUGCAUUUUACAUAUGGUCAAUAUUCAGUACUUUUUGUCAUACAAUUAUAACUCACUUUUUAUUCUGGUACAUGGAGGAUUUGGUUAUUGUUAAUAAUGAUCAUAAACAACGAGCAUGGAUAAAAACACUUCAAGGUCUAGCACAAGGCAUCCAAUGUUUUGGUGGUGAAAUACCAUUUUAUUUUUUGUCUGGUUGGAUAAUUAGAAAGAUUGGUCACAUUAACUGUAUGGCUUUGGUGCUGGGAUCUAUGGCUCUAAGAAUGUAUCUUUACACAGUUAUAUGGAAUCCAAUCUGGAUUAUUGCUAUUGAAUUAUUGAAUGGAGUGUCGUACGCGUUGGGAUUCGCGGUGAAAAUGUCAUAUGCAAAAAUGUUGGCACCUCCGGGCACACUUAACACCAUUAUUGGGUUUAUUGGAUUGUUCGAUUAUAUGGGUGAAUUUUUAGGUUGUCUACUGGGAGGAUAUUUAUUUGAUUCAUACGGUGGAAUGUGGUCGUUUCGAUUUUUUGCCUUUAGUUCAGCUUUUAUGUGCUUUUUAAAUAUACUAAGCAAUCGUUUCGGGUUAACAAGAAAUUUGAAAAAUUAUAAUUUUGUUUCAGUGUCAAUGACAGAAAAUAACAAAUGUGAUGACGUUGUUAAUGAAAACUAAUUUAAUGUUACCAAUUAAAUUAUUAUAUAGAAAAUUAUAAAAUAAA